AUGGGGGAAUAUUACGGUUCACGCGCGCAAGAGAGCGUGGCGUUUCCUCUCUCCGGGCCGCCGGUAUGCGUCUCCCUGUUCGGGUACUCGGCGCAACGAGGGUGUCUGCGCUCCGUCCACGACGAGGAAAGCGGCGACAGUUUCAUCGAGCUUAGAGACAUCGAGCACGGAGCCAGAACCCCGGCCGAGAGGUUCUACCUGGAGCCGUCCAAGCAGCACGAGGGCCUCCUGCACGUCAGGUGCUGCGACGGCAACAAGUACUGGGUCGCCCGGCAACAGCGCACGCCCGACGGCGGCAGUGCAUGGUUCAUCUCCGCCACCGCGGACGAACCGGAGGAGGACCUGACCAAGCCGUCUUGCACCUUGUUCGACUUCCAAGUCGCUAGUGACAGUAAACGGCCCAGCGAGGGCGGCGGCGGCUACAUCAGGUGCUUUCAUUCUCAACAAAAUAAAUAUGUUGGCUGGGUUUCUGUCUCUGGGGACUUGUGUUUUAUUCCAGGCAACAAAGCCUACCUGCAACUAGGAGUAAGAGAUCUCUUGAGUGUUCAUCGCUUGUCGCAACAGAAGGAAUUGCCCAAAUAUGUCGCUUUUAAAGGCAACAAUGGCAAGUACCUCACAGAAAUGAACCGGAAUUCGUUUUCUGGCAAGACUGGCGGUGAUGAUUGGGUUCAGCAGUUUUCAUCAUCUGAUCUCACAGAUCCAGAUGUGAUCCAUGAGACAUUCACCGACGACUACGGUAUUGUCCGCAUAAGAAACAACACCUCAGGCAGGUUUUGGACAUGUGGCGUCCGUAGUCUCCUCAAUGGGACGAUUGGCACUAUAAAUGACUCCGGCUUUUACUUCGGCGCGUUCAUACCACAUGAUGCCAUUUACAGCGAUGUUAACACAUUGUUCAAGGUGGUCUCAAAGGAUGGGAACAUCAUUGCACUCCAAAACCUCGGCAAUGGAAAAUUCUGUGAGAGUGUGACCGAUCCGACUAUAAUCUAUUCUAAUAUCCUCGUUGCUUCUGGUACUGAUAUCAACUCCUCGGGAGUAAUGCUCCAGAUUGAAGAACCGGUUAUGUCUCGAGAGAUAUAUGAUGUUGAGUACAAUGUCGGUGGAAAGAAGACUAGCAGUAACCAAAAUGUCUCCAGGACAGAGGUGCUUUCUAACAAUAGAACACAUGAAACCCACCAAGGCAAACCUACCAUUGAACUAUAUGACAGAACAGAGAGUAAAUGGGAUGCGAAUUUAACUCUCGACGCAGGUAUCAAAGCCCACAUCUCAGCUAGCUUGCCAUUUAUAAUGGAAGGUGGAGCUGAAAGCCAUUUGGACUUUCAUGGAGAGUAUAAUUGGGGAGAAACCAAGAUACAAGAAACGAAGCGCAUGUAUGAAUACUCAUAUCCUGUGCCUCCGAUGACUAAAGUGUUAUGUAGCAUAUUCACAAGAGAAGAUGUUGUUGAUGUUCCCUUCUCAUACAAGCAGAAGGAUGUUAUGUACAGUGGCAACAUAGUUAUCCGUCAGUUACAUGAUGGUAUCUAUCAUGGUACCAAGUCCUCUGAUAUCGACAUUGACAUCACUGAAGAAAGUAUCGCAUAA